CUGCUCGUUCGCCCUGAUAUAUCCAGUUCGCUACUUCCGUCUUCGCAAUCGCUUGUUGAUCUUAUCAUUUCCGUCUAUCUCGUGAAUGGACUUCGUCAUCGGCGCGUUAUUUGUUCGUCCUUUUCCUAUGUAAACGAGAACACUUGUUGACAGAUUCGUUAAGCGACCACCUACGUAGUUGUCUCCGCGCAGCGUGUUAGUUAAGACUUUUAAAGAAAAAGUGUUUAGCUUUAUCCACUACACGUCGUUCCUGUUUACGAACUGACCGUCGUCACCGCUCGUGUUUAUCUUGAGUGUGCGAGAGCCGCGACUUCCGGAGAUCAUGGGCACAAUGGAUCGCAGCAUGUCCCAAGAUGGCGUGGGAUUACGGGCCAUCGCACGUUCUGAAGAAAGGGUUCGGGUAGAGUUCUAUGUGAACGAGAACACGCUAAAGGAGCGACUUCACCUCUACUUUAUCAAGAACCAGCGUUCCAGUCUCCGCAUUCGAGUAAUCCGGCUCGUAGUGAAGAUCGUGGCAUGCCUUCUCUACGUGGGCCGAGUAGCGUUGGACAGGGGGCCCCGGUACGCCACCUGCUACCAGUGUCCCCUGCGCGUCCAGAACACCUCGCGCUACACCGACGAAGCCGUGCGGAACGGCGCCAUCAACUGGGAUGCCAUAUUUUGGGUGGAGCGUCCCUUCGUGCUUUGGUGCAUCCAGACUAUUCUGGCUAUCAUAAGUUUCUCCGAGGCCUGUCUGGUUGUAUAUCUCACCUACAAGGGAAAUAUUUGGAGACAACUCCUGUCUUUCCGCUUCCUUCUCGAGAUUGUCAACAAUGUACCAUUUAUAGUCACUAUAUUUUAUGCACCUUUACGGAAUGUAUUUAUACCAGUGUUUCUUAACUGUUGGCUUGCGAAGUUUGUACUCGAAAACAUGUUUAACGAUUUACACCGAGCCCUUCAGAAGUCCCAGUCCGCACUAUCACAGCGGCUGCUCAUCCUCACCGCCACCUUACUCUGCCUCAUAUUCACCAGCGUGUGCGGGUUCCAGCACUUUCAAAGGGCCGGCGUGGAGCACGUGGACCUCUUUGAGAGCUUCUACUUUGUGGUGGUGACGCUUUCCACGGUGGGCUACGGCGACUUCAAGCCAGACGUUUGGCCGUCGCAGCUUUUCAUGGUGGCCAUGAUCUGCGCGGCACUCAUUGUGCUGCCGACGCAGUUUGAGCAGCUCGCUUACACCUGGAUGGAGCGUCAGAAGCUGGGUGGCACCUACAGCAUGCAUCGGGCCCAGAGCGAGCGCCACGUGGUAGUCUGCUCCACCACGCUCCGCGCCGACACUGUCAUGGACUUCCUCAACGAGUUCUACGCACACCCUCUCCUGCAGGACUAUUACGUCGUGCUUCUGUCACCAUGCGAAGUGGACGCGACGAUGAAGAUGAUUCUUCAAAUACCGAUGUGGGCGCAGCGGGUCAUCUACAUUCAGGGCUCUGCGCUCAAGGACACCGACCUCACUAGAGCCAGAAUGAAUGCAGCCGAGGCGUGCUUCAUGCUGGCAGCCCGAAAUUACGCCGACCUCGCAGCCGCCGACCAGCACACCAUCUUGCGGUCGUGGGCCGUACGCGACUUCGCACCAAAUGUUCCCCAGUACAUUCAGAUAUUCCGUCCAGAGAAUAAAGUGCACGUGGCCUUCGCGGAACAUGUGGUGUGUGAGGACGAGUUCAAGUACGCCCUGCUGGCCAACAACUGCCUCUGCCCCGGUGCCUCCACCUUAGUAACGCUCCUGUUGCACACGUCGCGCGGCCAGGAAGGCCAGACGUCGGCCGAAGAGUGGCACCGGCUGUACGGCAAGUGCUCGGGCAACGAGAUCUACCACAUCCGGCUGGCCGACAGCCGCUUCUUCGGCGAGUACGAGGGAAAGAGCUUCACCUACGCAUCCUUCCACUCGCACAGAAAGUAUGGCGUGGCGCUGGUCGGCGUGCAGACUGACGUGCACGGCCAGUGGCCCGUGCUGCUGAAUCCCGGACCGGCCUACAUCAUGAAAGGAUCGGACAUCUGCUUCUACAUGAACAUCACCAAGGAGGAGAACAGCGCCUUCUUGCCCGCCGCCGGCGACGACGCCAAGCCUCAGGAUGCCGCCGACAAGGCCGCCGCCGAUGCCAAGGCCAGGACAGAAAGCGGCAAAUCGCGGUUCGACUUCCGGAGCCGCAAGCAGCAUCUGGAGGUUCCGAAACCCGAAGAAGCCCGCGGUCGGCGACCCAGCAUCGCGCCCGUGCCUGACCUUGGCCAGAGCGAAGAGGGCACGCAGUUGGACAGCGAGGACGAUGCUCUGGGCAUCGAGGAGGAGAAGUACCUCGAGAACUCCUGGAACACACCCGCCGAGGAGUCCGAGAUUGUAAAAGGCUUCCCCCCAGUUACGCCUUACAUCGGCGUCAGCCCCAAGCUUUGCUACUUACUCAGAGACAAGAAGCCGCUCUGCUGCAUGCAGCUCGCUCAGCAAUGCGACCACUGCGAAUUCCACAACGCGAAGCAGUACAACUGGCCCAACCGAUGUGUAAUCCUGGCGGCCGACUUCGCCAGCAAAGGCAUCUACAACUUUAUUGUGCCCCUUCGGGCGCACUUCCACAGCCCCAACAGCCUCAGACCCAUCGUGCUACUUCUGGAGAAGAAACCUCACGCGGCGUUCUUAGAUGCGAUUUCAUGUUUCCCAUUGGUGUACUGGAUGCAGGGUUCUAUAGACGACCUGGACGACCUGCUUAGGGCAGGCAUCAACCUAGCUGACAGCGUGGUAGUAGUGAACAAGGAGUCGUCCAAUUCAGCCGAAGAAGACUACCUGGCGGACUGCAACACCAUCGUCGCGGUGCAAACGAUGUUCAAAUUCUUCCCGAGCGUGCGCAUCAUCACCGAGCUGAGUCAGAGCAGCAACAUGCGCUUCAUGCAGUUUCGGGCGUUUGACACGUACGCGCUCCACCUUUCCAAGAUGGAGAAGGUGAGCCUGCUCAACCAGCGAGAGAGGGAUCGUGGCUCGCACAUUUCUUACAUGUUUCGGCUUCCCUUUGCCGCCGGCAAUGUGUUCAGUGCGAGCAUGCUGGAUACCCUCUUGUAUCAGGCCUUUGUCAAAGACUAUGUGAUAACAUUUGUGCGUCUGCUUUUGGGCGUUGACCAAGCACCGGGAUCAGGAUUUUUGUCUUCGAUGCGAAUUACUAAGGACGACUUGUGGAUCAGGACGUACGGGCGUCUGUACCAAAAACUUUGCUCAACCACGUGUGAGAUCCCCAUUGGCAUCUACAGGACACAGAGCACAACAAACCCGGAAGGAUCGACUGUCUCUCUGGACCUCCUAGACGACAAGGCCACAUUCAACGAGAACAUCGAGCGCCAGGAGAUCGGCACUUUGGUGCGCACGCGUAUGCAGGAUCUGGGCCUGCCCGUUCAGGAUUAUGAUGAGGUAUCGGAUAAGCGGCACAGUUUGUCGUACGUGAUAAUAAACCCAAACUGUGACCUACCACUCGAAGAAGGUGACAUCAUCUUUCUCAUCCGACCGAGCCCCAUCUCGGGCAAGCGCAUCUUCCUCAAGCACGGCUCAGUGCGCAUCAAGACGCCGAGGCCCAGCCGCCGGGAGAACCCGUCGACUCGCGGCCGCUCUAAGCCCUCAUUCCGGCUCAACCUCAGCGCAUCCAAGUCGGACUCGCUGCCGGUCCAGGAGAACGGUGGCCUCAGUCCACCAAAACCACCGCAGGAGACCGCUGUCGAGCAGUCGGAGUGCAGUGUCCACGUAACGGCCGCGACUCCUUCGUCGACGGGUCAAGGGACGAUCGUAUGACGCCAGCUGAGGUUCCCUCUGGCAUGGAGGGCACGCCACAGGGUCAACUGAAGAGCUUCACCCUACGUCGCAGAACGAAUACGUGGCAUCCACCUGCUACGCGCGCCUCAGCUAAAGUUCAAGCUAUAGGCGUGCGCGCAGAUCGCUGGGUCGCAUACCGCACGAUUCCCUUCCGCAGGGCACGACGCGCUGUGUGCCGGCUUCCGGUCCACAGCAUGCUAGUGUCGCGCAUCUACGUGCGCAUGGCCCAUAGCCAGUAAAGCGCAAACCCCUCAUUCCACGAAACACACGCGGGAAACGCAACACAUGCGCCCAAAGGCAUCGACGAUGCGUUUUUGCACCUUUUUGAGCUUUGACAAGCGCCCUGCGGUUCCUUCGCCUGCGCUGUCCAACCUGAGCCUGGCAGCCAGAACAUUACCAGCGUCGUACUGGAACCGCGCUUAUCAGCCAAACUCCAAACCAAUUGCAUAACCGCUUUCGUCUCGUGCGCGUACGUUUUCAACAGUCCUCGCUUUGUUUUGCCGCCGGCGAAUGGCGUGUUUUUGUGACGCGCUUAGCGCGGGCUUUGCCCAGAGUGCCAUAUCCAAGCGCCAUAUCCGAGCGACAAGAUUACGGUGCGGCCUGCUGGAGACGUUAUUUCGAGACGGGUGAGUUUCGGCGAGAUUUUUCUUCGAUGUCAGAUUUGACUGCACUUCAAUGCCACCAUGGGAGGUAGGCAUUUCCCGCUCUACCGUCUGACUCUUUUGCUUCAGCGCUGCGAUGCAUCCGGCAAGCUCGCGGUCUCUCCGCCUGCUAGCGAAAUAUCUAUACCGUGGCAUCCAGUUCGAACACCAGCCAUUUCCUGGCGCUAGGCGGGAUAGGCGAUUCAUUUAACAGAAGCGCACCUUACAUAAGACCGUGGUGUAAACACGCACUUUGUGCGCUUCCUUCGCCGGUCACGUUUUGCUCCUUUGAUUAGUCGCCACUUCAGCAAUGUAACUUAAAUGCUGUAUGGAAUACCUAAGUCAAAAAUACACUACUUACAUCAAAGGUAUUUUCCUGUCUUCAGAGAGGCCGCCUGCAGUAUGUUUGUUUGCGUGACGUAAGUCACUGAGACCUCCUUUUUAGCGAAUGGGUCGAGGCUUACGCGAAACCUCGUGGCUUCAGUCGAAAUGAGCAUCGGAUUGAAAACACUCCUGGCCUGUGGCACAAAUCUGAGUAAAGCUUGUCUGAACGUCCCUAGAAAUUGCUUCAGCGGACACUCCAUUAUGUACAUUGUCAUGGAGAUUGAACAACGUACGCUGUUCUUGACCAUUAUUGCCACGCCUUGCCCUUUCAAGUAUCAUCAUCAAUAUACAUACAGUAUGUGCGUAGCAGCAAUGAAACAUCCUGUGUUCUGGGUUGAUUUGUACAUGUUUCGUUGGAUUGGUUUGAACUUGAGCAUGGUUACAAUUGCGCCUGGUCGACUCAGAGCGGUGCAGUGUUUCAUGGUGACGGGCCAGAUUUCGUGAUAUUUUGUGAUGGAAUGUAUACGAUAGCAUAUCUUUUAUGUGUCUUUUGAACCAACAAUACUCAGUAUUUCGAGCAGGUACACAGACUGCAGGUGGGAAUUGAGUAAUAUGAGAAGUGUGGGGGGGGACGGCUAAAUUCAUAUAUCACCCUUCACUGGUUGCAAGAUAUUUCACAGUGUGCCGUGUGGUGACGCUCUCAACAUAGUAAACUGUACAGUUGCUGCGUAAGCGUCACGUGACAGAAAACAUGACUCAUCCCGGCAACUACGCUUAAAGCCUGCGGCGAAUAUGCCUGCUUAUUACGAUGAGAUUAGCCAUUUCAGAUACCGACCACUUCACUUUGUGCUUAUUUGUGACGUCGAACUUUUUGGAUUUGUUCUCAAGCCCUAUGAAUUGUCGCGUUCCUCUGGUAGCGAGCAGUUGUGAUCGAGACAUUUACCCCCUCCGUGCUGCAUGUGGGAGCCUGCCUGCAUACUCAGCGCCCUGUCGGCAGUUCAGUGGGGAGAGUGCGUUGAUUGUUGCUGAUUAUACCAGCAAAUCAUUUCGCGAAACGAGUGUUGUACGCGAUAAAACCACGUGUGUGAGAGCUAUUUCUUUCCGCCGCUAUAUUUGCAUUGCGCGAUUCAAUGGCGCCUUUGUGAUAUGUGACUCGUGAGGAAGAAAAAAAAAACUAAAGCAUGGUGAUGUGAUUAGCCCUUGUGUAAAUAUACGCGUUGUUCGAUACAAAUGGUAGCGAGUGUAUGAAACGUUAUGUUACGCACAGCCUUUGCAUCUUUCGAUAAAGCGUCUCUCAGCCUGCCUUGUGUAUAAGUGAUACACUUACUCGGUGCUUGCCGGAGCGAAACGUGUAGUGACAAGUCCCUAUUUAUUGUUGCAUCUUGUGCUCGCGUUGUGUUUCGGCUGCUUGUUUAUAUACGCUGUUCGUGACAUGUCAUCGUAGCUGUACUAAUGCUGAGAAAAGAAAAACGAAAAAAAAAAUACUGUUCGGACAUUCAUCUUUCAUGAACAUUACCAGCGCGAAAUGACAGGCGUUUUCUUUCUCCCCUGCGUAAACUAAUGUUGCUGCGUUGUGAAUGUGUGCUCUUUGCUUGACGUAAAUGAAAUCUUCGAGAAGGGAGGCGCGAAUAAGUUUUGCUGCGUCUUACAGCUGAAGCUUAUUGAUUUGUUGGGGAAAAGGUUUUACAGCACUUGCGUGGCUUCUUUGCGUCAGCAUAGAGGUGUGCUUACCUAUUCGAAAUCGAGAGCGAGUAUAGAAGUGCUUUGGCAGCGUUUGAAGGAACAUACGGAUAUACAUUAACCAACUUUCGAGAAACCUCUGGCACCUACGGCUAGAGAAAUGAUACUUAAUUGCGAGUGAAGUUUCCGAAUGGUUACACUUUUUUUUUCCUCGUCACAGUAAUCGCUGCCUACGUGAUGUUGCUUUCGCCAUGUGAUUCGGCGCCGAGUUGUUGAAGUCCUUGCUGUCAAGACGAGUAUGAAGCAAUGUUUUCACGUUUGCGAAAAUGUGGUCUCGAUGAUCUGCCCAUUAAUUCAGGCCCUGUAAUUACACUUCGAAAUUUAAGGUACAACGCUUUAAGCGAGAGCUUCUCAUGCGCACUUCUACGUCGUACAGUAGAUGGCCCCAAGUGACGUGUACCUGGUCCUGCAAAUUUCGUUUCUAUUCAAGCUCAGAUAAUUUACCCAAGAAGUCAUCCUUCGAACUCAACAAAACCAACCGCAGUACCUUUGAACACGGAUGGUACCUGUCUUUACACUACAGUAGCGUGAAAACAGUUUUAAAACCUUCACCUGCAUUCAUCGCUUUAGUCAGGAAAAGCAACAGCUUUGAGUGACUGUGGUAUGUACGUAUCGGCAAGCUUUCUUGUGGGAUCUAGUCACUUUUUCUUCCUUGUCACCCGAAAAAGCAAGUGCCACACUUGGCGGCACGAGCUGUUACUCGAUGAUGUGGUGAAUUAUUCACUGCAGUACCCCGGAGCGUAAGUGGAGCAGUUUUAGCCUCCGAACAAAGCACCUAUGGUUGUCCAAUGUGCGCCGAACCUUUACACAACUGUACACACGUGACGCUUUUAAAGGACUCCUUUGUUUGAUCACUUCGAAACGCGCUGACUGUCCUGCCCGCAGUUAACGCAUACUUCCUUUCCCACCAUUUCGAUCCUUCGACUUUAUCCUUCCAGUGUGAAUCAGUGUUUCCAUUUGCCCUUCACCUCCGCUGCGUCACGCGACUCUGCACGAAGCAGCUAUCCAUCCUCCCCGUGUUUUUCAGACGUGUCCCAUUCUAAGACGUUCUUCAAGACUACGGUACGCAUCUGUAGACGAUAGUCAAAAAAAGUGAAUGCGUUUACUUUUCCCGCGUGUUCAUUCUAGCCCCAGGAAAAAAAAAAAAGAAAAACCUUUAUUCGUCCCCUCGAGCUUCUCUCUGACACAUCGCGUUUUCAUACAGGCAUAGUUUUUGGUAUUUAUGCGCACAUAUACGAGGCGUGUAUACGCUACAGGUUAGAUGUCCGAGAUCUCGCGCAUCUAUUGUGGGCACACCUGUAUACUGCCACAGAUUUUUUUUUCUUUAAUCCUUUAUGCUCUUCAAACCCUCCUCUAUCGUGACAUACGUAGAACACUGUGCUGAGCCCAGUAAUUAAUUCCUCCAACGACAUCAGCUACAGGGAAGAGGUGAGAAACAUGCGAAUCUUGAAAGGCGAGCGCGUGUUAUAAAUAUUUCUUACUCUGCUACUCAGGUCUUAUGAGCUGUGGUCUACAGCUAUACAUAUGGCAGUCGGAGCUUGACUAAAUAAAACAGCGGUUGCGAAGUACGUUCCUUCUUGUGAAAAUGAUCUCUCGCUCUCUCUAAAGCGCACGUGGGUUGCCUCUAAUGAUCGGUGCCCCGUUAGCGUUGUUUGCCUGUGUCCUUUCACACAUGAAGCGUUCACAAUAGGUUAGCACGUUAUCAUCUUGACUUCGACGCUUUAGCUUGCACAACCUAAGUGACACCGAAUUUACGAUCAUGGUAUUUCAGUCUUUUGCGCUCUAUAAUCAAGACACCCAACGCACACUCUUCAAACACGCGUUAGAAACACAUCCUUCUGUGUAGUUUUUUGUGCAUUUUGUUUCACGGGGCUAGGGAUGAUGUGAUGAGAUACGUUUAGUGAAGCGGGUUUUUUUUUUUGCGUACUGAAUGAAGAUGGUUCAUGAGAACGAAAUGUGAUUUCACCUUCGUUUCUCCGACCUCUUGUAUUGGCCGACCUAAACACAAACCGAAUGUCGUAAGACGUCUGGAUAAUAUUGUGUCAUUUGGACGGAGCCUUUAACGUGGCACUGCGGACAGACAAGGUACAUGGACUAGUAUGGUGCUUAUAUUGUUUCGACUUAGCAAUUUUUAACCUAGUCGGUUGUUGCUAAGUACCGUCUAGCACAAACUAACUUUGCAUGCCAGGCACGAGCAAGUACAGAGCUCUAGUAUGUUUAGGGCAGUGUUUGAUAUCAGUGAAACGCACUUCCUGCACCCGUGAAAUUAUUUCUACGCCCGACCACAUUUUGACGAGUUUCGGUGCAUCCCAAUCCGCUGAUGUCCUUAAAUGAUUCUGUUAAGUUCCACAUCCCGCUGUGUGCGCUUGAAUUCGCAACCGCAAUUUGCAUGGCGAAUUAACGAAACACAAGCACGACGUGAUGCUCUAAUAGACUGUAGAACCACAAAGUAUUCAAUUUUUAGAAGCAGGCGAGGACUUCUGCCGGUCGCUUUUCUUUUUUUUUUUUUUUUUCCCUGCUAAGCGCAGCUUGCAAUAGGGGCAUAUUCCAGCAGUUGGCCCCGUGUUCGUGACUUACAGGCCUUGAAACCAUGCAGUGUAGGCGUCCAGUGAUAGCGGUCCUGCGAUGACAUGGCUAAGAUAUUUCAGCGCCGCAACACUCUACCGAGAUAGAGCGGGAAUUUUUUUCUUUAAAAAAAUUAAAUAACCGUUUCAGAAGUACAUUCCUGGAAGUUUUCUUCGUCCUUUCGUACAUGAAGCAGUUUCUGCUUGUCCUUAAAAAUUUUGCGUAUUUAUUAUGUUGUGUGCUCGCUACCACAGCGGAACCCCUCUUCCCCGUAUACUCACUGCCUGCUGCUAUGUUCCCGUUAGAUUAAGGCAGCAGAGCGCUCUACUGACAACUGUACAUAGGGAUAUAUUGGCACUCGAGAAGAACUUGUUCUUGGCCUAGUUGGUGAGAGAUUAUGAAGGCAUAAUUUGCCGCUAAAAAGACGCACACAGAAGAAGACAAGGACGACGACACUGGCGACACUUUCAACUAAAUGUAUUUGUGUCAGGACACAAUAUAUACUGAAAUGCAACGUAUGCGCCUAAACCACAAACAUAUCUAACUGGGCAACCAAUGCUCAAGAAAUCUAAUUUCCGAAGAGUGUAGUUGUAACGGUGGUUCGCUAAUGCACACUUCACUGAACUUCUGAAUGAAAAACGCUUCCAAAUAUUCACGAGCCAUUUGUUUAUUGCUUCUACCAAGAAUCUCCACGUUAUCAAAUCGUGGUUCACACUUGCAAGCUUUGUAGUGCGCAGGCAAAUGCGCGAAUUAAUUUUCUUUCUUUAAAUUCAGAUCAUGUUCCCUGGUCCGAAUAUUAACAUAGCGCCCAGUCUGUCCAACAUAACACUUGCCACAUGUCAGGGGGAUCUUGUACACCACUCAUGUCUCACAUUCGGUAUACACAGUACCGUGUUCCUUGCCACAGCCUUGCGUUCUUGUCCCGUGGUCAGAAGUACGGGGGCACAGCUGACCCAGCUUAACCCGGGGCUGAGGAGGCGAGUGGUACACCAUACCUGCCUGCCACCUUCUUGAGGUUGUGGGUAACCUUGUGAAUAUAUGGCACCAUAUUACGGUCUUCGUUUUGCUACCAACUACCACUGCUUUCUUCUUGCCUUUAUUCUGCAGGAGGGUCUCCGCCACUGACGUCAAUAAUGUACCAGGGAAACCUGCCCUUUUGAGGCGAUGCGCUUGAUUAUCAAAAGCAAGCCGCAUCGUGUGAACGCACGAUUUAUUGAGGGCCGAUUCCAGGCAGAACAUUGCAACGUUUCGUUUUAAUAACUUUGAGGUAGCCGGGUCAAAAGGCACCACCCCCUUCUUACCACAUGGCGAAUUAGAUUUCUUGAGUGCUAGUUGCCCUGUUAGAUAUGUUUGUGGUUUAAGCGCAUGUGUUGUAUCUCAGUAUGCAUUCUUUGUUUCCUGCCACAAACACGUUUAAUUGGAAGUGCCGCCCGUGUUGUCGUCCUCGUCUUCUUCUGUGUGCGCCUUUUUUUUGAGGCAAAUUAUGCCUUCUUAUUGGCACUCGGUGGUUGGCUCAUUGACUGUUUACUUGGUCAGCUGCGGUAGUGGCUGGAUGAGAGUUGUGAUAUUCCAGACGGAUCGAGGUUCUUCGUCAUAGCCGCCAACCUUACCGGCUGUUCACACCUUACCCAUGUUUUGUUUGUGUCAGAAUAACCGAUAUCAGGACAAGUUUGUAUUGAUUCACCACAGGAGCGCCAACACGAGCGGACGCGAAUAAAAAGGAUACGAUACGGCUACUUCAUCCUUUCUUUUUUAUUUGCGCUGCGCUGUCACUCUACAGGAAUUCUUAACUCUGACCUCCAACGUUGUUCGAGUGUACAUUAACUUAUUAUAGCUAUCAUUAUGCGGAAUAAUGCUCCGGAUUUCAUUCAACAUUCCGCGUGGUCAAUAGGUACGCAUUCUAUGCGACCACGAAAGUGUUUGUGUCGUUGUUUGGCCAUUGUAGAAUCGCAGUUUCCGAUUAACUCUCUGCAAGUGGGUCUGCCACACCAGCAGCAUGGUACCAGUCAUGCUCGUCAGCUUGCGUGUGCCUACGAUGGCGACAUACAAGCGAGGAGUUAUUUAAAAACAAAAUAGUGACUUGAAAUCAACAACUUCAUGGAAGCUGCCACUCGUGGUGCUUGCAGACUUUUAUAUCCCCUUGCAGGAGCAUCGCACUUGUGCGCAUGAAUGAAAUCAGUUCGUCCGUUGAACUAUGUAGAGAGGAUCAGGAUCACCACGGUAUCAUACAAUUAUUUGGACCCCGAGUGUGGACAAACUAUCAACGGACCAGACGUUUCGGAUCGUAAAUGUUCUGAGACACAAUGAGUUACAAAUGUGAUGCGCACGCUGUUGAACGCUCGUUAUCCUGAGCUCGGUGUGUGCGCGCGCGCGUGUGUCUGUGUGUGUGUGCAAUACACGUAGCAUGCAUAUAUUCCUCUACGUGACAGUCUGCAUGUCGACGGCAGACCCGGCGCUUUGUGCGCUGCAUUUUUUCACACCAAACAUGUGUCGACCUUUGCCUUGUGCUACCCAAAUGACUAUUUUUGGCCAUCCUCCGAUAGAGUGAGAUUAAGAGAUUAUCAUAUCAUGUACUAACUAUGUAUCAUGUUUCCAUGUGUAAAAUAAAACAUUUUGAUACACCUA